CAGUAGGUUUUAAUUUAGUUGUUGUGAUUUUCUUCUGGGUUUUGAUUGCAAUGGAGUACAGAAAUGAUUAUCCAAAUCUUUCUUCUGGAAAUUCAUCGGAUUAUGAACGUAGCGACCAAUUCUCCGAUUCGGGAAAUUCAUCGGAAGACGACUCUGCCUCAGAGACCGUCCAGUCGUCGAUCUCCGACUCUGAAAGCGUCGCCGAUUCGGGUUCUUCGAGUUCCGGUAAUCAAUCUCGGCCGUUCGGUGAUGGGUUGGUCCCACUUUUCGACGGAGACAGAGUUCACGACCUCAUCAAGCAGCGGUUCCUUUCGAGUUUGGGAUUGCUUGGGGCUCAAGCAAGUGUGGUGGCCGUUCGCAGGAACUCCUACUCGAGCCUUGUGGGCCAAGCAAGGCUGCGUUCCUUUCAAAUUUACUUGAAAGCGGUGGAGGAGAAGUGCGGAGGAAAUCCCAACGUGAAGUACGCUUGGUACGCGCCUUCUUCGAAAGACGAGAUUUCGAAUAUCAUCUGCCAUGGUUUCGGCAACUUUGAGCAGCCUCAGAGAGAUGGGGUAUUCGGCAAUGGUGUUUAUCUUGCUUCUGAUGAUUCUCCUAUGCAAUGUGUGGAAAGCUUGAACGUUGACGAAGACGGUCUACGACAUCUCCUGCUCUGCCGUGUGAUACUGGGGAGGCCGGAGAUUGUGUGUCCCGGUUCUAAACAGCAUCAUCCGAGCUCCGAACAGUUCGAUUCCGGCAUCGACAGCAUCUUUGCUCCCAAGAAGUACAUAAUUUGGAGUACGCACAUGAACACUCACAUCCUACCGGAGUAUGUCAUCAGCUUCAGAGCUCCUAAUUGCUUGAAAGAAUUUCUGAAGGUUCAAGAACCAAUCAAGAAACCGACUUCGCCGUGGAUGCCGUUUCCGGCGCUAAUCAGCGUGCUUUCGAAGUUCUUGCCUCCACCUUCCAUUGCCAUGAUCAGCAAGCAUUACAAAGAUCACAGAGAGAAUGUGAUUACAAGGCAGCAACUAAUACAAAAAGUGAGACAAAUUGCUGGGGACAAGUUACUGGCUUCAAUUAUCAAAUCUUUCAGAGCCAAGCAAAUCAAAACAUUGCAAACUAAAGGGAUGCCCCAAGCGGAGGCAGCACUAAGAUGGACGGUGUAGAUUCACCAGUUUUCUUUCGAUGAUGACGAUGAUUAAGGAGUGAACAGAAGGGAUUAAUACGGUGCGGAUCAAAUUGACAUAAUAUACCCACAAGUGAGGGGAUCCAUCAGAGAUUCCUCAAGGGCUUGUCUGUAAUUUCAAUGAGUUUAGGGUUCUUACUUAAAGUCAAUAGUCCUUUAUACCUAAUGUUCUUCUCUCUUUUUUUUUUUCCUUUUUUUUUUUUUUUUCUAAUUUUCUGCUAAUCAUACAACGGAUCUUGUACUGGUUCGAAACUUCGAAUGGUAUUGUCCAGAAUUAAGGGCUGAGAUUUCAGGAUUA